CACACAACAACACACACAAUAUGCUCCUGCAGCGCGAGGACAGCUUCAUGUCGGACUUUGAGGAUGCCUGCAGCAUGUGGGUGGACAGUGUGGGCUCGAGCCCCAACAGAGACUCUGAGGGGGGGUCCCCAAUCUGCCAAGUUUUCUCUCCGGGAACAGACGCCUCUGACUCAGAUUUCUUCUCCGACUUCAGUGACUGUUCCUCGGACUCCCUCUCGCCUUCCCUCGGCUACAGCAGCAGCUUCUUCCCGGAUCCAGAGGCGCAAUCCCCGGGACUGAGCAGCACCGCGGACGCCAUCCUCAACAUGAUCACGGAGAUCGUGGGGAUCUGCACCGAAAUGGAGCAAGACUCUUCCCCGGAUCUUGCAGCCCCUUCCCCGGCUGAAGCAUCUCCUUCCUCCCCCCUCUUUGCUCCAUCACCAUCACCAUCUUCUUCCUCUGCCCCCCCCAGCAGAGAAGCGACCCCCCCUCUCCCUCCCAUGGUUUCCCACCCAGUUGUGGUGAAAAGUGAGUUUUUGAGCUCCAGCUGCAGCAGCGGGUGUUCCCACUCUUCCAUGCCCGGGAAUGACGCUCUGUUCCUGGGCAGCGCGGACUCUCUGCUCCCGCUGUCGGCUCUGGAGCAACAGGUGGAUGUUUGUGACUUUAUCGACUCUCUGCUGAGCUGUGACGCCGGGCAGAGCGACCUGAAGCCCGGCUUCGAGGUGAAGCAGGAGCCGCUGGAGGACUGGCUGAAGGGGUUCCCGGUGACCGGGGGGGAUCCCGGUAACUACGUCAUCAGCAGACCGGUGAAGACGGAGCUGUUCUCCCCCCCCACGCUCCCCUCCACCGUGGACGCGCAUCUGCUCUCCUCCCUUCUGCAGGGCGCGUUCCCGAUAGUCAACAUCAGCAGCAUGCACGCAGCCCCCAAACAGUCACGCGCAGGGAGGAGAGCUCCCGCGCAGAAGGCGAAACCCUUCACGUGCACGAUGCACGGAUGCGAGCGCCGCUUCUCGCGCUCAGACGAGCUCAACAGGCACGUGCGCAUCCACACUGGACAGAAACCCUUCACGUGCACCAUCUGCUCGCGCAGCUUCAGCCGCAGCGACCACCUGACCACGCACACGCGCACGCACACGGGGGAGAAGCCCUUUUCGUGCGACGUGUGCGGCAAGAGGUUCGCGCGCAGCGACGAGCGGAAGAGGCAUGGGCGCGUGCACGUGAAGCAGCAGCUGCGUGCGCAGAUGAUGGCCGCCUACUCGCUGGCCGUGAACGCGCCUGGCGUCUGAACAUGAACUAAUUAUUACUGCAGAGAGCAGUAUGUUUGAACCGUCAACUGGAAAAAGCGUCGAUGUGACGUCACACAGGUGUUCCUCUCACGGCGCAUGCGUGCAGGAGGAAGCAUCUGCAGGUGGAAAAACUACAGACUGAGGACUUUAAACA